AGAACGCUUUGGAAGUCGAAGUACUAAAAAUAAUACAGUAUAGGACAAAAAGGGAGCCCUAGUACCUAAGAUGAUUCAUAAGUAGUAUGUCCUCUGGUGUCUUUGCUGAUUUUAUUGCGGGCUGGGUUGGAGGUGUGCUUUGUACCAUUGUUGGAUACCCAUUCGAUACCGUAAAGGUACGGCAACAGAACUUUUCUGCGUCUCUUUUCGUUGCAACGAAGGAAACGUUGAAAUAUGAAGGAAUUCUUGGGUUUUACAGAGGCAUAUUGUCUCCAUUGGUAGCUUACGGGCCUAGCAACUCAAUAUUUUUUGGGUGUCACAAUAUUAUAAUGAAAUUAAUAAACGGAAGUCACCCAGGAGCCCCAAGUCGCACCAGACAUAAAGCUACAUAUCUGAUAAAUGUAUUUUUUUCAGGUAGCUUAGCUGGUUUUGUCCAAGCGGUAAUAAUGUGCCCAGUAGAUCUAGUUAAAAUAGCUUUACAAACUAACACUCGAAGUUCCAGCGUGUGGGUUCACAACAGUAACAGCAUCGAGUAUGAAGGUCUCACCCAUGCAGUUCGGACUAUCACAAAAUACCAGGGACUGGCGGGAUUGUAUAAAGGAUUUGUGCCUAUGAUGUACAGAGAUGUACCUACCAGUGGAGUUUACUUAAUCGUUUAUGAAAGCCUUCUUCCUGAUGACAGAAAAUGGUAUCAGAAAAUUUAUGCUGGAGGUUCGGCAGGUAUAGCGGCAAUAUCCGUUGUUCUCCCUGUUGACGUGGUUAAAACACGUAUCCAAGCUGACGACCCUGUAUAUCCCAGAUACAAAGGCAUGAGGGACUGUAUCAAAAAGAUAUACGAAGAGGAAGGUUACCGGAUAUUUUGGAAAGGCUUGCCUGUGAUUACUUUAAGAGCAUUUCCGGCAAAUGCUGUGCUUUUUAUUGGGUACGAAAUGACCCUGGAUAUUUUUAGAGCUACAAGAUAG